AUGCAAAGAGAUGACACUACGAAGAAUUGGUUAAGAGGUUGCUCUGUUGAUAAUUACCUCCGAAUAUCGGAGAAAGGAUCUAUCUUUUUGAAUCCCGAGCGAGGAGCAGCUUUAAAGUUAAAGUCAGGUGGCAAUGUAUAGCAGGCCGAGGCCAUGGGCGAGGAGGCCGCGAGGGCGCAGGCGCAGGCGCCCGGGCAGCAGGCGCAGGGGCUGGCAGCGGGGCUGAUGCCGCGGCGCGGGCGGCGCGCCGUCCUCGCGGUGCUGCUGGCAUCGCUGGGCGCCGUCGGCCUGGGGCUGCUCUACCUCGCCACGCACCCCCGCCGCGCGCCGCUCCGCAGCUGA